CACUUUCACCUCUCCUGGUGAUGUCCUUGCCCCCUUGGGCAGAGUUUUGCCCAAGUGGGACUUGAUGGGGGAGGAUGGAGUUUCUUGGGACCACUCAGACAGCCAGUUACUGCGGCCCCAAGAAGGGCUGUGGCUUGACCUCGCUGCCCCUGGCUGUGCAGGCCCCCGUGAUCCAGGAAUGCUACCAGCCCUACUACCUGCCCGGGUACCGCUACCUCAACUCAUGGAGGCCCAGCCUCUUCUACAAGGUUUCCGACGCCCGGACCUGCCCGGAGGAGUGCCCCAGCGCCCUGCGGCCACCCACCGUACUGCCUGCCCUCCGCUCAGCUCUCUUCAGUCGCUAUAGCCCCCGCGACUGGGAUCGGUCCAACGACCUGCAGAUGCGCGGGGCUGAGGCCUCCCGGCUGUGGGCUGGCCGGCUGAUGGGUGACUCCAUGAGGCUCAUGCAGGACAAGGACCAGCUGACAUGCCAGAUGCAGGAGGGCACCUCGCGGAACCUGGGCCAGAGGCUGUCGGACAUUGGCUUCUGGAAGUCGGAGCUGGGCUACGAGCUGGAGAGGCUCCUGACGGAGAACCGGAAUGUGGACACUGUCAAGAAGCGGCUGGAGUAUGCGGCCAAUGAGGUGGACUGCCCGCUGCAGGUGGCCCUAGAGUGCCUGUACCAUCGAGAGAAAAGGAUCGGGAUUGAUUUGGUCCAUGACAACGUGGAGAAAAACCUUAUCCGGGAAGUAGAUUUGUUAAAGUGUUGCCAAGAGCAGAUGAGAAAAUUAGCUCAGCGAAUCGACAUCCAGUUGAGGGAUAACCGAGAUGCUCAGCACAUGCUGGAGAGGGACCUGGAAGACAAAGGCUCCGCCCAGUUCAUUGACGAGAAGUGCUUCAACCUGAGAAACACAUCCGACUGCAUCAGCUUCUUCCACGGCAUGGAGAAAGUUGACGGCACGAUCUCCGUGCCCGAGACCUGGGCCAAGUUCAGCAACGACAACAUCAGGCACUCUCAGAACAUGCGGGCCAACUCCAUCCGCCUGCGGGAGGAGGCGGACCACCUCUUGGAGACUCUUUCGGAUCAGAUGUGGAAGCAGUUCACGGACACCAACCUGGCCUUCAACACCCGCAUCUCGGAGGUGAUGGAUGUGAAGAACAAGUUGCAGACACAGCUGGCCAAGACGCUGCAGGAGAUCUUCCAGGCCGAGAACACCAUCAUGCUGCUGGAAAGGUCCAUCGCCGCCAAGGAGUGCCCGCUGAAGGUGGCCCAGACCAGGUUGGAGUGCCGGACCCGGCGCCCCAACGUGGAGCUGUGCAGGGACAUUCCACAGUUCAAGCUGGUAAAUGAGGUGUUCACCAUCGACGACACCCUGCAGACCCUGAAGCUGAGGCUGCGGGAGACGCAGGACACACUGCAGCUGCUGGUGAUGACCAAGUGCCGGCUGGAGCACGAGCUCGCCAUCAAGGCCAACACGCUCUGCAUCGACAAGGAGAAGUGCAUGCGCAUGCGCAAGACCUUCCCCUCCACCCCACGCCUGGCGGGCUACACCUAGCAGUUGCGCGCCCCGCGCUGCUUUCCUGCACGGUUUACAAUUACAAAAUGCCGGCAAGCAAAAUAAAAGGAAGUGUCAUAUUCUCCUUUU